UAAUAAAAAGUUUAUUGCGCAAGCGCCACUCGAUGUAAAUGCUAUUUUAACUGAUACUAUAAUACAAUGGCACUAAGUCUAGUUCAGUAAGUCAUUUCUUCUACACGUGUAUCGGACCACAACGCACGCUGAGUGCGACCGGGUAAACCGCGUGCAGUCUUAGGACUUUUUUUUUAGACUCGUUCAAAAAUUGCUAAAUGUGCAGAUAAACACGCAGCCAAUUUUCAUUAAACACAUACGCAUUUCCUUUCCUGGGUAUGAAUUUACGUAACAAUUGUCGGUAAAAAAUACAAAGUGAUGCGGCCAUUAUAACUAUACAUCCAUCUGAGUCUGAUUAUGACUUCCAGUCUUCCAUUUUUACCGAUAUUUUCCCUCAAACUGUAGAAUACCAAACCAAAGAAUUAACAUCGAUAAGAAAAGAUUCCAUAUGGAAAGAUAUACAUUAUUUCAUAGAAAUCCGUCAGAUAAUUACUGCAUACUGGAGACAUGUGAUAUGCGGUGUCAUGAAAACUUUAGUCAAACAAAACAAAAUAGAGAUAAAAAUAAGCUGUAAGUCGAACCUAUCGACAUAAAUCUAUUUGGAAGUUCUAUAUUGACUUCAGUCUGGCAUUACUGCAACUACGUACCCCUGUGUUUUCUAGAUUCCGAGUUGUAGUUACCAUCCAUCAUGUCAUCGCCCCUGCACUCGAGUGGUUAGUCGCUGACUUGAAAUCACUGUAACCUGUGGGGGAUGGGUUCGAGCCUUGCUACCGGCCAUAUUUCUUUAUGUUAGAACGGUUGGCAGAUUCUUACGGAGGACGGGAGCCUUGUACUGGUUCUUCCCAGAAGCGAUGGUUAGGUAAACUGCCCACCCGACAUACAGGAAGAACUGUUAAAAACGGGCGUUAAAUCCAAGAAAAAAAAGAUUUUUCCGUCAUGAGCAAGUUUCUUGGCAAGGAAACUUACUUAGACAUGAAUCCCAAGUCCAGCGCUUAUUUUUGUUUGGGGUUAACAUUGCAUCGACACAUUUAUAGGUCAUAAUUAUGGCGACUUUCCAGCUUUGAUGUACGAGAAGAAAUGAUUCCAGUUGAUUCAAUCGCAUGCUUACUAGAUUCUCAAACACAUAAAACUUUAUUACCUUUAUAACUUGAAUUACGUAUAUAAACAGCGCUUUUAUGUUUAAAUCAAUUUUUUUUUAUUUUCAACAUGAAAAGUCCCUGACCUAGCUAUAAAAAUACACAUGUGGUUUAGGAUAUGUGUAAUUUUACAUCUUUUGAUCUUAAACUUGCACCCGCUGACUAAAUUUGCAUUUUGUAGUGAGUGAUUGUUUUUAUCAAUUUGUCACAAGGAAUUAAUUUCAAUUAAAGAAAAAAAAAUACACGUGAAAUAAAUUGAGAUAAUGCGACCUUAAUCAACAGCUAUCUAAUGGAAAAGUUUGCACACAUAGUGUAAUCUGGCCGAGUGGUUGAUGUCUAUUCUGUACCGUUCUGGAUACAGUAGAGAUUAUAAAAAAUGUUUGACUUGAAACUGAUUCUGAGACACGGCUAAAAACUGCAAUAUCAUCAGUUUUUAAAAACCGUAAAUACAUUGCAAGACUGACUUUUCAGUUUAUGUGUUGUUUAGGCAAUUAUCGGAGAAACCCUACAUAACAUAACUUGUCUUGCGUCUUGGGCGGAGUUUAUGUAAAUGACUGUUACAAAAUUAGCCACUCACGAUAAGAAAAUCGAUAUCAGUCAGUCACUCCAUGUGUAUGGUGCAAACAUUGAAUUGGCGCACUAUUCUGAAAUUGGCAGUAGUAAGUCUUUAAAAGCCAGUAUAUCUUACUAGAUAAAAGAAACAUAAUAAGAAAAACCUGGAGGGACUUGAACCCACGUCCUCUUGAAAAAUUUAGUUAAAAUAGAUUUAUGGCAGGAAUUGAAUACUGCACACUAUUACGGUCCCAUAAUUUUCCUAACCACCGUGUUAGGGAAGGAACAGGACUAGACCAUAAUCAUUUACCCCCGCUUUAUUGGUUAAGAGAUGUUACUAAAAGUUGCUAAUGAGACAACAAAUUAGAUGCAGAAGUUAUUCAGAUAUAGCAUUACUGGAGCACAAUAACCGCUUUGUCUUAGAAUGGUUUUGCAUUUUCUGUUAUUUCAUUUAAAAUGUAGAAAUAUGUAUACAAUAUCGAGCCUUAAUAUAAGUGCAUUCUUUCUUCAGCUGGUGACAAAUCUUGGUUUGAGACUGGUCACACAAUGACAGCAGUGACAAAAGGUAUAUGGGUAAUGUGUCGGCCACACCCUACACAGGAUGACCAAGUUCUUGUUUUACUGGAUACAGAAGGAAUUGAUGAUCCUAAAAAGAUUAAUAUAGAAGACGACAAAAACCUGUUUGUACUUGCCGCACUUUUAUCCAGUACAAUGGUUUACAAUACAAGAGGGGACUUUGACAAGACUGCAAUUGAUAAAUUUAAGUAUCCUUUUUAUUUGUUGGGUUUAACGUCACACCGACACAAUUAACGGUCAUAUGGCGACUUUCCGGCUUGAAUGGUAUGGGAAGACCCUAGGUGCCCCUUCCGUGCAUUAUUUCAUCACGAGCGGGCACCUGGGUAAGUGUCCUUUGUCAAUUAAUAUUAAAUAAGAGUAGAUAACUUACUUGUAAACAAUACACAUAUAGAAAAGUAUAUUUAGAUAAAACACAUGUACUUAACAUAGACACAAUUUUUUUUAUUUAACGUCGCACCGACACAAAUGUUGUUUAAUUGGAAUAAAAUGAACAUGUGAACAUUUGAUAAAUCUUCAAUAUAUAUAUUUGUUUUGACUAAUUUCUUUUCGGAUCAACGUCAAUUUUCAACAGUAAUUUAGCUAUGUAACGAUGGGCAGUUUACUUAUGCAAGGUUCUUGGUUUCUAUACCAGUAUAACCUAUUGUGCGCAAGUAACUGAUACGUUUACGUGAAUUAGAGGUAGUGGUCGAGUCACAUAUUUUUCAAACACUGUAUCGUCCAUCAAAUCGUUACGGAUAAUAAGCCGAUGAUGGAACUCCUGACCUCUGCGCUCUUCUUAUUGAGCUACAUCGACAGGUUGUUUUCCGUCAGUUCUUUUAUAGAGGAUAUAACAUGUCUUGUCAUAUUGAAUUUAUGAAAUGAGUUUAAAACUGAUAAAAUGCUCGGCUUUUAUGCGACAAGUUUAAUAAAUCCAAAGUGUAAAGACAAAAUGUCAGGAUACGAUUUAUAUGACCCAGGGAAGUGCCUACGCCUUUAGUAUCUUGAACAAUGCUUUGGGUCCAGUCGCUAAGGUGACCAUGUCUUAGACUAGCUGACAAACGAUGUAGAAUGUCCUUUGUUAAAACGUAGAGCUGGUGAGAUAAAAUAUCUCGUAUAUAGUAUUUUCCUAUGGCUGCCUUGCCUAAAUGAUUUCUAUUAUGAGCUAGACAAUUUCAGGGAUCAGGCAAAUCACUAAAUGUUUCAAACUAACAAUCUUCAAUUAAAAAUGCAUGCGCACGAUUUUGUAAUAAAAAGUUUAUUGCGCAAGCGCCACUCGAUGUAAAUGCUAUUUUAACUGAUACUAUAAUACAAUGGCACUAAGUCUAGUUCAGUAAGUCAUUUCUUCUACACGUGUAUCGGACCACAACGCACGCUGAGUGCGACCGGGUAAACCGCGUGCAGUCUUAGGACUUUUUUUUUAGACUCGUUCAAAAAUUGCUAAAUGUGCAGAUAAACACGCAGCCAAUUUUCAUUAAACACAUACGCAUUUCCUUUCCUGGGUAUGAAUUUACGUAACAAUUGUCGGUAAAAAAUACAAAGUGAUGCGGCCAUUAUAACUAUACAUCCAUCUGAGUCUGAUUAUGACUUCCAGUCUUCCAUUUUUACCGAUAUUUUCCCUCAAACUGUAGAAUACCAAACCAAAGAAUUAACAUCGAUAAGAAAAGAUUCCAUAUGGAAAGAUAUACAUUAUUUCAUAGAAAUCCGUCAGAUAAUUACUGCAUACUGGAGACAUGUGAUAUGCGGUGUCAUGAAAACUUUAGUCAAACAAAACAAAAUAGAGAUAAAAAUAAGCUGUAAGUCGAACCUAUCGACAUAAAUCUAUUUGGAAGUUCUAUAUUGACUUCAGUCUGGCAUUACUGCAACUACGUACCCCUGUGUUUUCUAGAUUCCGAGUUGUAGUUACCAUCCAUCAUGUCAUCGCCCCUGCACUCGAGUGGUUAGUCGCUGACUUGAAAUCACUGUAACCUGUGGGGGAUGGGUUCGAGCCUUGCUACCGGCCAUAUUUCUUUAUGUUAGAACGGUUGGCAGAUUCUUACGGAGGACGGGAGCCUUGUACUGGUUCUUCCCAGAAGCGAUGGUUAGGUAAACUGCCCACCCGACAUACAGGAAGAACUGUUAAAAACGGGCGUUAAAUCCAAGAAAAAAAAGAUUUUUCCGUCAUGAGCAAGUUUCUUGGCAAGGAAACUUACUUAGACAUGAAUCCCAAGUCCAGCGCUUAUUUUUGUUUGGGGUUAACAUUGCAUCGACACAUUUAUAGGUCAUAAUUAUGGCGACUUUCCAGCUUUGAUGUACGAGAAGAAAUGAUUCCAGUUGAUUCAAUCGCAUGCUUACUAGAUUCUCAAACACAUAAAACUUUAUUACCUUUAUAACUUGAAUUACGUAUAUAAACAGCGCUUUUAUGUUUAAAUCAAUUUUUUUUUAUUUUCAACAUGAAAAGUCCCUGACCUAGCUAUAAAAAUACACAUGUGGUUUAGGAUAUGUGUAAUUUUACAUCUUUUGAUCUUAAACUUGCACCCGCUGACUAAAUUUGCAUUUUGUAGUGAGUGAUUGUUUUUAUCAAUUUGUCACAAGGAAUUAAUUUCAAUUAAAGAAAAAAAAAUACACGUGAAAUAAAUUGAGAUAAUGCGACCUUAAUCAACAGCUAUCUAAUGGAAAAGUUUGCACACAUAGUGUAAUCUGGCCGAGUGGUUGAUGUCUAUUCUGUACCGUUCUGGAUACAGUAGAGAUUAUAAAAAAUGUUUGACUUGAAACUGAUUCUGAGACACGGCUAAAAACUGCAAUAUCAUCAGUUUUUAAAAACCGUAAAUACAUUGCAAGACUGACUUUUCAGUUUAUGUGUUGUUUAGGCAAUUAUCGGGAAAACCCUACAUAACAUAACUUGUCUUGCGUCUUGGGCGGAGUUUAUGUAAAUGACUGUUACAAAAUUAGCCACUCACGAUAAGAAAAUCGAUAUCAGUCAGUCACUCCAUGUGUAUGGUGCAAACAUUGAAUUGGCGCACUAUUCUGAAAUUGGCAGUAGUAAGUCUUUAAAAGCCAGUAUAUCUUACUAGAUAAAAGAAACAUAAUAAGAAAAACCUGGAGGGACUUGAACCCACGUCCUCUUGAAAAAUUUAGUUAAAAUAGAUUUAUGGCAGGAAUUGAAUACUGCACACUAUUACGGUCCCAUAAUUUUCCUAACCACCGUGUUAGGGAAGGAACAGGACUAGACCAUAAUCAUUUACCCCCGCUUUAUUGGUUAAGAGAUGUUACUAAAAGUUGCUAAUGAGACAACAAAUUAGAUGCAGAAGUUAUUCAGAUAUAGCAUUACUGGAGCACAAUAACCGCUUUGUCUUAGAAUGGUUUUGCAUUUUCUGUUAUUUCAUUUAAAAUGUAGAAAUAUGUAUACAAUAUCGAGCCUUAAUAUAAGUGCAUUCUUUCUUCAGCUGGUGACAAAUCUUGGUUUGAGACUGGUCACACAAUGACAGCAGUGACAAAAGGUAUAUGGGUAAUGUGUCGGCCACACCCUACACAGGAUGACCAAGUUCUUGUUUUACUGGAUACAGAAGGAAUUGAUGAUCCUAAAAAGAUUAAUAUAGAAGACGACAAAAACCUGUUUGUACUUGCCGCACUUUUAUCCAGUACAAUGGUUUACAAUACAAGAGGGGACUUUGACAAGACUGCAAUUGAUAAAUUUAAAUUUUUAAAUAGAAUUAAGACAUCAAUAAAGGUGAGCGGCUCACAAGAAGACGAUUCUAUCCUUGAUUUCUUUUUCCCGAACUUCGUUCUUACACUUAGGGAUGUUACUCUUGAUAUCAGUCAUGAGGACGAUGAUACUUAUCUUGAAGAAACGUUAAAUCUUGAACGACCCAAAGAAGGCGAAAAUAUUACAGAAAAUUGCCUAGAAGAAUAUAAUCUUCCAAGAAUUCUUCUCCGAAGAUAUUUCAAAAACAGAAAAUGCUUCCGGUUUAAGAGACCAGCAAAAGAUAAACUUCUGAAAGAAUUGAUGACGCUACCAGAGAAAGAUUUGAAGACAGGAUUUCAGAAAACACUGAACGAGUUCCGGAAGUACAUAUAUUCUUGUGAGCCAAAGUUACUGAAAUCAGGAAAAGCAAUAAAUGGAAGGAUGUUCAGCACCCUGUUGCUAAAUUAUGUCCAUUCCAUACAAGUUGGGGAGUCUCCAUGUUUGACAACCGCAAUGAUAUCAAUGUCGACAGCAGAAAAUACACAUGUAGUCGAAAAAGCCUCGGAAAGUUAUAAACGUGAAAUGAAAACACGUCUUGCUUCCCAUUCACCGAGCGAAAAAGGUCUUGUUAACCACCACAAGGACAGUAUGAAAGCUGCUCUUGAAGUUUUGAAGUCUGGACUAAUUAUUGACGACAAACAAAUCUAUGAACAGCAGGCAAUGGUUUGCUUCAGAAACCAGUUUGAAAAAUUCAAGAAUAUUGUCAAGAAUGAUUUAGAAGCAAAAUGUUUGCAUACACUGGGGAGGCUGGAUACAACGAAAAUACAAGUGAAGAUAAAAAAUCGCAAAUACUGCACACCAACAGGGUAUGAUGAUUACAUGAAGGAUUUAGACUUGUUGAUGCAGCAGUUCAAUAGAGAAGCCGGUUACAUGGGAUCUGUGGCGAGAAUCGUUCUUGAAGAGUUUCUUGAAAAAAAGGUAGAAGAAGAGGAAAUUGUGUACAAAAUGGUUUUAGAGGCACUGGAUGGGCAAGAAGGGCCAGCAAGGAGAAAAAUCAAGCGGCUGCGUUUGUUCGGAGAAGAAGAUGAGGUGGAGGAAGAAGUUGAAGAAGCAAUUAGAGCUGAUAUUGAGAUGUUGCAAGUCAAUGGCUUACAGAACAUCGGAACGAAAUACCUUGGCAUACUGAAGACAAAAAUUGAAGAAGUAGCCAGAGUGAAGAAAGAGCUCACUCGGAGCAACUCAUACUACCAUCAAUUAUGUAACGAAACAGCGCACUUGAAAAAUAUUUUUGAGAAGUCUGCAUUUAAUCUGUUCAACUAUAGGAAGCAGCUAAAGUCAGUAACUGAGAGAAAAGGAACGGAUAUACAAAGCACAGCUUACAAUGAGCCUUGGGAAGAUGAAAUAAGGCCACUUUGGAAGAAAGCGCUGGAGAAAGAUGAAUCUAUAGACGAAGAAAAUGUCACGUCACAAUGUUCCUUUGUUGGGGAGGGUUUUAAACAAGCAAAAAAGGAGUCAACAAGGGGAGAUGGUUUAACGGUUCUUCCUGACAAGUAUUCACUAGAGACAAUGUCUGAUGAAGCACCAGUGGAAGAACAAAAUCAAAAUUAUACAUGUAACAUCAUAUAAGAGCUAUUGAUUACGGGACAAUUCUGUUUUGCAAUUACGAGCAUAAUCGAACUUUUAUGUCAAAAUUAAGAUUUUUAUUGGCUUUUGUGCUUUUCUGUUCCCGAGUAUUAGAACAAGUGACUAAUUGAAAGUUACUAGAAUAGUUGAUGUUAUAUACAUACAUAUGCAAUGUAUAUAAAUUUUAUUUCAGCUGCUUUGAAUUAACCUGUACAAGGAAUAUUGUUGCAAAUUACAAAUCUACAAGAACGUUGUUGACAGCAAAAUUUGAACAGCGACUGCCUCUCAAUACAUCCGACUAACGAACGAUAAACUACAAAUAUAUAACGUCCUGACACAUGCAUAGAAAUAAAUCAUAUUACGACUUCUGUGAGUGAAAUCAGCAUAGAAGUUCUGCUUCAGACAUUAUUUUGGCAGUAGCACUAUCAUACACGAAUUCUAUAAAUCCAAUUAUUAUGUCAAUAAGAUCACCAAAAAGAUUAAAAGGUAAUGCAACAUAUUACACAGUUAUUGGAUGUACUCUUCGAUCCUAAAUGACAAGAAAAUAUAACAACAAUGAAUCUCUAGAACAGGGAGACCUUUUUAAGCCGUAACACGGCACUUACAGAAUGCCGUUGUGAGACGUCAUCAAUCUGCAAGAAAUCAUUUAAAAGUAAAAGAAAAGCAACCAAGCAAAAAACUACAUUACCAAUCACGCCCAAAUGCCCCACUAGCACCGGAUUAAGCGAAACUGUUUUACACAUGUAUUGAAUGGACUUGAUGAUUCCGAAGGACCAGAUGACAUAACAACACUGAACUCAAAAUAAGUGGGGAUUUUUACAGCCGCAAUAAGGCACUUAAAUACUGCUGUAGUGAUAGUUAAUAAAAUAAGAGAUAAAAGAUAAAAUGCAACCAAGCGAAAUAAUAGCAGACUCAGUUUGAUCGAAUAUGUACAUGAGAUCUAAUGGAAACCGCAGGACCCCUCGCACCACACUAACACCGGCUUUGUGCAGAUUUUGAAUUGUAGUGCAUUAUUAAGACUAGGCAUCAAUGCGACUUUAGUAUAUGUAUAAUAUUUUAAAAAGAUAUGAUAUUAGUAUUAUUCUAUAUCGGAACACCUAUAAAAUAAUUAUACUUUCCCGGUAAUUGCAGUGCAGAAUUGCCGAAAGUCGAAUUUCAGCUGUCUGUAAGCUACCUGGGUUCCUAUGGCUCCAUCAUAUAUUCUUUUCUUAAGCGAUGGUUCUAUGCUUUCCUCAGAUAACCUUAAAACAUUUCGAGUCACCAGUCAACAAAAACAUUAUCAAACCAGUAAACAAACUAACAAAAUAAAAUGAAAGAAAAAAACAAGAUUACCAAAGUUAUUCUCUGUUGCGCACUACAUAAAGGAAUGAAAAACCUCGGUCGGAAAAUCAUGAUUAUUUGUGUACAUUUUGAUGAUAAUAUCAGGCAUAUUAACUCCUAAAUGAAUAUUUCAGCAAAGUAGUAAAAGACGAGGAAGCGCUGAAGAGGUCACCGGUCGUGAGCGGCUCCGAGGUAGUGAAUAUGAACUGCAAUUAGCCAAGUAGACUGUAUUGUCAUCUGUUGUUUAAAACAAGUUUGUAAGGUAGCAUUUUGCUCGAUAAGUCAAAAGUAUUGUUAAGUAUAUAAAAGGUAACAUAAUCGUCACGAUGCUUUUAACGUCAUGACACAAACGUCUAAAUAUGGUAUCAGUCGUUACGUAGCUGGUGCACACAGGUAAAAUAGGAACAGUUUGAAACUCCACAGGCCGCUCAACAUGACAAAAACAAAAAUGUCGCAGACCCGGUUUGAUUGAGCCUAUUCAUGGUAAACGCGCACGUGCAUCAUUACAUCGCUGAUCAAGCAUCAAUUAUACAUAUGAGAUCAAAACUCUUAAACGAAAAGCGAAGCUCCAAGGAAGGUAGCUCCUUCAAAUAAAAAUCCUACAACAGUGUUUGUAUAUACGUAUGCCAAAAAUGCAAAUAUAAUACAUAAACGAAACAAAUGCAGACGAAACGAAUAAAUAUAGUGGGGCAUGGAUUGAAACGGUCAGGAGCAAAAAUAUUGUAUGGCAGUUUAAACCGUUUACAAUCUCUUACUCUCCAUGAUGUCCAAAAGUUACAAUACAGAUAAAAUAACAUUUAUUGACGCUAAGCAAAUUAACUAAAACACUUCAUCUUAAACACACUUCACCUUUACUAACUUUAGUAAUAAUAUUUCUAAAGAUCAGGAUUUAACCAUAUUCUUAUCUAUGCACUGAUUUAAAGGUCGUCAAUCACCUUUGAGCAACAUUUUGUGACAUUUUUCACUUUAGUAUAUUCUGUUAGAGAUUAGGGAUACAUAUAUAGUUAGAUAUCCAUGAGAAAUGUAUGUUUUUAUUUUUUAAUGAAAUGAUAGAAUUACACCAAUUCAACAGGAAAGUAUUGAACAGUGGUCUACUGACUUUGAUUCCAAUAUAAUUUCUAAUUUUACAUUAGCAUUGAAUAGAUAUUUGGAUAUCAACUGAUAUGAAUAAAUAGGAUCUAUUGAUAUUUCUAUAAACUUGCAUUUCAAAUGUAUUUUAGCUAGAUAUAUAUGUCAAUGUAAAUAUUUGACUAUUAUAAUCAAAUAGUUAUUUAAUCCAAUUGACUUCUUAGAUGAAGUAUAUAAAACGGCAUAGUAUUGAAUUGAUACAGAUGCUAGAAUAACUCUUAUCUUUGUUAGGCAACCAGGACAUGGUAAUCUAACAUUUAUUAAACAAUUAGUGAACACAAAUACUGAAAUAGUGUUACUGAACAUUGGCUAAACUUUUCACCAAACACUUUACUUACAGUAACUGCCAAUUUCAGAAAAUCUCGCCGAAUGGGCGUUUACAUCAAACGCUGGUAGUAAAUGACGUAGGUGUCACUCUAGUUAACUGUGAGAGGUUAAUUUGAUUACGCUUGUAGUUUGUUUCGCCCUAAAGUAUUUUUCUAUUGAUCGUAACGGGUUAUUUACAAAAGUAAAAAAUCACAGGUAUUUAUUUCAAGAUAAUUCUGCAUAAUGAAUACAGAUUAGAUUAUAGAUUUGAACAUUGAUGUGAUUACAUGUUCUCGACGAAAUAAAACAAAACUGCUUCCGCAGAUUUUGUCUCGAAAGUU